UACCAUUUUAAUGUUCAACGAGCUGUCUCAAGCUAGCUAGCCACAGUCGACGCUGAGAAGCACCAGAACAAUGCAGAGUUUGGUUAUUGUUGCUGUGCUGGCCGCCUUCUGCUUGGCUGCCACAAGCGCUGCACCUUCCCCAGAUGCUGAGCCUGGCUUCCUGGGAGGUUUCGGAGGCUUUGGUGGCUACGGAGGCUACGGAGGCUAUGGUGGUGGAUAUUAUCCCUAUGGAUUUUAUCGGGGAAAAAGAAGCGCUGACGCCAACCCUAAGGCCGACGCUAAGCCUGAAGCUGAUCCCGGUUACUUAGGUGGUCUGGGCUACGGAGGCUACGGUGGUUUUGGGGGCUAUGGAGGCUUCGGAGGCUUCAGGGGAGGAUAUGGAGGCUACGGAUACUACGGUUGAUCAUUGCAUUUGUCAGCAUUUAAUACUAAUCUCAAAUUAAAACCUGAAAGAAAUAUAAAA